ACUAUAAUGUAUCUUGGCUAUAUUCUUCUUGGUGCCACCUUUUUUCUCUUCUUCUUAUACAAGCUCAUCCAGAAAAGGAAGAAGAUGAAGAAAUCAGAGAUUAAUCUUGGUUCACAGAAUGAUGAUGUAUCGGUUCCGAUAUCAAAGAACAAUAGCAACUCAAACGAAAAUAAGUCGAAUGAGUACUCAACCUCAUCAACAGACAGCCCGGUGAUAUCAUCUUCUCUGGUUGUGCUGAAAAGUCCGGUGAAGAGGAGCAUGAAAUUUGAUGACUUGCUGAAGUGUCCGGCGGAGUUAUUGGGGAAGGGAAAGCAUGGGAACGUUUAUAAGGUGAUGGCUGUGGAUGGGAGUGUAUUGGUUGUGAGGAGGAUCAAAGAGUGGAUGAUAUCUUCAGAGGAGUUUCAUAAGAGGAUGGAGAUGAUAAAUAAAGCUAGGCAUAAGAAUGUGCUUCCUUUGGUGGCUUUCUAUUGCUCCAAACAAGAGAAGCUUGUGGUUUAUGAGUUUCAAUUGAAAGGAAGCCUUCUCAACCUCAUUCAUGGAAGUCAAUUCGGCCGGACAUUCGACUGGAGCAGCAGGCUGAACAUGGCGGCAGGCAUUGCCGAAGGCAUGUCCUUUGUGCACAGAGAGCUCCAAGCUCAUGGCAUUGGCCAUGGCAACCUCAAGUCCUCCAACAUAAUAAUGAACAACACCAUGGAUCCAUGCAUCAGUGAGCUGGGUCUAAUGACAACAGAUCAAACCAAGCCUACAAUAUCCACAACAAACAAUAGCACAACCAUGAAUAAUAACGUCUUCAAGAAAGAUGUCUAUGAUCUUGGGAUCAUACUCCUUGAACUUCUCACAGGGAAGCUGGUUCAAAACAAUGGUGCAGAUUUGGCAAAGUGGGUGAACAGUGUGGUUAGAGAGGAGUGGACUGUGGAGGUAUUUGACAAGGCUCUUGUUGCUGAAGGUGCAAGUGAGGAGAGGAUGGUGCAUUUGCUUCAGAUUGCACUCAAGUGUGUUAGUAGUUCAUUUGGUGCUAGGCCAACCAUGAGUCAGGUUUCUAGUAUGAUUAAUGGUAUCAAGGAAGAGGAGGAUAGGUCUGGAGUUUCUGAUUUGUUAUAGUGUGCAAAACGAGUGGGCGAGGAAGGGAGAGAAUUCAUUUA